CUCCAAAUGCAUCGUGCCUCGGUCUGGCGUGUCAUCCUCGUCAGAGCUGAACAGCAGAACUUGAGGGAAUUUUUUGGAGCAGCUGUUCGUCCAAACAACCGUGAAGGGGAUCUGCGCUGCUCUGAGGGUGAAGCCUGCUGACCGUGCCGUUUAAGGAGGGGGUGCAGAUACAUAUUCACACUCCCUGGGCUAGUUUCAGAGGCUGAAGCUUUUCCAAGGUGUGUCCUUCGGACGCCCCUGCGUUUACCAGUCAGGAUAAACAGCAUUCAGAUUCUCUGGUCAGGACCCCCAUGGACCCUCACAGAGCAGCCAUGCCAAGUCCUCUGGAGAAAGUCGUGGCACAGAAGAAGGAGGCCAUCGAGGCUGUUAUGGAGGUCUUUGAGAGAGGGGCGGAGGUGCUGGCCAGCACAGUGGGGGAGCUUUUCCCGCUGUGUGAAGCCGCUGCUCCGGUCCUGAGGCUAGCCCUGGACAACGUGCAGAGCAAAGAAGUGUUCUAUGUCAAAGAACAGUUUCUAGCCGUGAGAAACAGGCUUGAUGUAAUUUCAUCUCAGUUAGAGGACAUUGACUGUGAGAUUAAGAAGGGACGCCUGGACUCCCAGUACUUUUCCGUGGAGGAGAACCUAUGCAAUCAGUUUCGCAAGUACCUGGACAUCUUGGAGGCCAAGCCCCAGUUCCGUGAGGUCAAAACCCGGUUGUUCUUGGAGCAUUUUAGCAAGACAGGAGGUGAGAGGAACCUUUACGUUCUGUAUGACGCUUUAAUGGGGAACAAUACAUUCGGAGGAUCCAUUCUGGAGGUGGUAGAGAAAUAUGAGGCUAGAAACAGGAGGGUCCUGGAAGAUUUCUGUGUCAGGAUGAAGGAACUCUUCUGCUUGGGGUUGAUUGCCUUGCUGGGCCACUGUGCUCUCACCCGAGGGGAAGACUUAGAGCAAGAGAAGAUCCGGGAAUGGAGCGAGAAGAUUCAAGAGGUGGAGAGCAAGAUGAAGGCCGCCAUUGAAGAAUGCGUGACACUUUUCGCUGAGCAGGCUAGGUUGGACGUCCAGAGGAUGGUCCAGGAGAGAGAAGGCAAGAGUCUCCAGGAUACUGCCCAGGAGCUGCUCAGUUUUCUGGUUAGGAAGUACGAUUGGGUCAGGUGGUCAGUCCGCGUCGUCAACCAUUCAGGAAGCAGCUACCGCAACUGGAGGGCCGGGGACAACUUCCAGUACAUGUCAGGACAAGGCUGGUUUGAUGUUCUGCAGGUGAAUGACACUAACGUGGUGGUGUCCUACUGCAGCAGCCCCCAGCCUCUUCCCAAGGAGAGCAUCCAGCAGGUCAUGGAUGGUCCCGCUAAGAAGGGAGAUGCCAAAGCUGUGGUCGAAGCUCUGGAGAAGCAACUGCCUGGGUUCGUGGUCCAUGCUGUAAGCCGUCAUAAGGAGAGCUACGCAGCAUGGAACUUUCCAGAAGACUGCCAUCACUGGGAGAGACAUAAAAAUGUGACCUUGUGCAUGCAUUCAGAUUAGCAUAGAGGCCAAUGAAAUGGUAAUGUGGAAUAUAUAAUAAUACAUAUGAAACACUUCAGUGAAAUAUUUACUAGGAAAUUAUUGUAUGUUCAUCUCUAUGUAUGACCUUCUAACAGCUACUUGUAUUCGGCACUUGUAUGUAUCACAAUAAUCACUGUCUAAUCUCUAUGUUCAUUACUCAGGCCUUGAUAGCAGAAUAUAACCUGUACGCGUGUCAUUAACCACAGCAUGUACGUUGAUAUUCAUUGGAUUGUUUAUUUAAAUUAUCUACAUUGUCUUGUUGGGCUGUCACUAUUAUGUUAGCAUUUGUUUAGAUGAUCAUUUUCAUGGCUCUUCGAGUCAUAACCAGGAGGCGUAGCUAAACUUGGCCUGACCUCCAAGUGGGGACCCAUUUAAAUACUGUCAAAAGGCGACAGCAGCAUCACGAUCUAACCAUUUGGCCUAGAUGUCUACGUCUAGUGCUGUGAAAGGUUGGACUCUGGUUAGUUAUCCUAUACCCAUGAUGGCCUGCUGUCAGUUGCAUUUAGUGCGUUAUGAUGAAACUGGCCAACUGGUGGUCGUCAUCCUUACUCGGGUGAUGUUCCCGGGCUUUAAGGCUUGCUAACUGCCCUCCAACCACCACCCACAAAUUGAAGUUCUGCCUGCACCACUGGCCCAUACAAUAAAAAUGGUCUUAACUGAAGAAUGAAAAAAUAUGUGUUGGAUUUCAAAGAUUAGAAAAUGCUUUAUUGGAAAAAGAUAACCAAUAUUAAUGUAAAAUAUGCAUUAUUAUCACUGCCAACAAACCGUUGACUAUAGAUUUUAAUUGAUGAGUAAUAGUGACAGCUGUAGUGUCCUGUAGCAUUUCAAUGUGUUUUUUUUAUUAUUAUUAUUUAUUAUAGUAUUAAAUGCAUGAAGCUCGGUUCUCAAUCCAUCUCUUCAAUAUAGAACACUGUGUUGUAAGGCAAACACUGAAUACUGGAUUUGCUAGACGGCUUUAUAAGCAAGAGUAAGAAACAGGGCUUUAGAUUACACUGGCCAUUCUCAUGGUGUCAGGCCUGCCAAAGUGCUGCCCCAUUUUUGUCUGUGCAAGUCUGCUGUCUCAGCCUGGCCUACAUAGAUGUGAAAGUGGACAUGAAAGAUGUCUUGUCAACCGUGAAAAGGACAGCCAAAGAGAAAAGAGUCGGCAGCUCAGGAGUCCAACCCAGAUGCCUGGUUCUCCUAGCUCCCUUUGUGCUGUAAACCCUGCUGGCUGCAAAAAUAAAACAAACUCUUUAGAAACUC